AUGCUUGGACGAUCUCUACCGGAAUAUGUUUUCAUCCGCCUCUCCAUCUUCGCCCUUCAACUCAUCACACCUCUCAGCAUAGCCUACAUGUGCGCAAGCUGGUACUAUAAACAUGCGCUAUACUCCCCUUGGAUAGCCAUAUAUGCCGGUCUAGAGGCUUCCUUCUACCUGCUGGUCUUUGUACCGCGGAACAGGUUACUGCAGAAGGCUGCCACACACCCUCCAUUGCCCUCCCGCGAAGAGCGCGAAGCACUCUUCGCGAAGUGUUUUGCGCAAUUGCGCGACGAAACUUAUGCUACCGGGUGGUUCUACUUCGCAGACUCGAAACUUAUCAGACGCGAAAACCUGCUUGACUGGCUGUCAUGGGCGUUCUUUGGUACUCACCCAGACGGCCUGCACGAAGAGUGGGCAGAAGAGAUCGAAGGGUACCUGCGUAACAUCGAACAGCUCCUCGGGCACAAGACAGAGGACGGUCGAGAUCACACUGUACGCGCCAUCAAGGUUUCACUUGACCCAGUCGUGACGGCGUACAGACCCCUGCUCUGGUAUCUUACUGUCGCUUUCAUCGAUACCAUAACGACCAUCCAAUUGCAUUUCAAGGGUUUCAGACAUUAUACCUACGGCUCAUGGAUGUGCUGCUUCCCUCCUCGCCCACUGACAGCGUUCUCCAAUAAGUCAACUCACGAUGGUCUAAUUUACUGGCUCCGACCUCAUCGUUCGACCGCUAAGGACCCAAUCCUCUUACUCCACGGCAUCGGCAUUGGCCUAUGGCCCUACGUACCCUUCCUACAAGAGCUCGCCGACGCUGACCCCGAUGUCGGGAUCCUGGCAACCGAAUGCCUCGCCAUCAGCAUGCACAUCUCCGCCCCUCCCCUCUCGCGCCCCGAAAUGCUCGCGGCCCUCACCGCCCUACUCGACGUACACUCCAUCUCCCGCGUCGUCGUCGCCGCCCACUCCUACGGCACCGUCCACGCCGCGCACAUGCUCCGCGACCCGACGCUCAGCGCGCGCGUCUCCGCGUGGCUUUUCAUCGACCCGAUCCCGUUCCUCCUCCAUCAACCGAGCGUCGCGUACAACUUCGUCUACCGUCAGCCGCGCACGGCAAAUGAGUGGCAGCUGUGGUAUUUCGCUAGCCGCGAUCCCGAUAUCGCGCGCACGCUCGCCCGGCACUUCUUCUGGGCGGAGAAUAUUCUAUGGAAGGAGGAUAUCGAGGGGAGGAACGUCGCGGUUGUGCUGAGUGAGCUGGACCAGAUCGUCGAUGCAAAGGAGGUUCGGCAAUACUUGACGGACGAGGUCACGGACGAGCCGAAGUUCCGCUGGCAGAAGGAGGGUUUGGAGGUACUGUGGUAUAGGGGCAUCGACCACGCGCAGGUUUUCGAUACCAAGACACGUCGGGGGCCGUUGAUCAGUAUCCUCCAGAGCUUCGCUGAGCGGAAACGAUCCCUGGAUUAA